GCCAUGUUUCUCAGUGCCAUAGAUUGCGAUAAUUAAUAUAAAAUGAUAAAUGAACCUUAUUUAUGUUUAUUUUUUACUUUAUAAUUGAUUAUUGUACGCCCAAGAGUAUUCUUUAUGAAAUGGAUAAAACUUUCAGUGUUUAAAAUCCAUGGUGUACAGUGAAAGCUAUUGCUGUUAGCUACUUGUUAUUGGUCCCGUUAGGUUGCUUAAAUAAGCACUUGUGUAACUAUUUCAUGUUUACUAAAGCAAUUAACGUUCAAUGAGUAUCAUUCGGAUAUUAUAAUGUCUGGAAUUGUUAUCAGUAGUCAUUCCGAAUAAAAAUGACGUUUCAUAAGUGCAGACUGUGUUUGAAAAUUGGUGAUUUUUGUUCCAUCUUCGAAAAGGAUGAUACCAUUAAAUUAUCUGAUAUGGUUAUGUCAUUCGCCAAUGUUAAAAUAUAUCAAGGAGAUGGCUUUUCAGACCGUGUCUGUACAUCAUGCAUAGAAAACCUAAGUACAGCAUACUUGUUUAAACAGCAAUGUGAAAGAAUUGAUUCUUUACUUAGGAAAUAUCCUGAAAUUGAAAUUGAUAAACCCGCUACAACAGAUUAUAAUGAUUUUUGUGAAAAAGAAUUUCACAUGCACUCUGAAUCAACGCAAGAUGAUAAUGAUGAGAAUUCAGUGAAAGAUUUAUACACAACCUGUAAUAGCUCUUUCUAUGAAACUAGUGAUGAGACUGAUAGUGAUAUUGAUUCAAUAAAAUGUGUGUAUUGUAAUCAAUCAUAUAGUAAUUAUGGUGCUCAUACUUGCCAUGUGACAUGUACUAUUGAAAAUAACAAUCUUCAGCGGUCCGGCAGUAAUGAGACCCUUGUUGCCUCAGAUUAUACCCAGCCAGUUAGACAAGAACCUGUACCAACAGCAUUCCAAAUCCCAGAAUAUGUAAGAGUGUCAUGUGUGCUUUGCGAUGAGAAAUUUGAUCAAUAUGAUGACUAUGUUAUACAUUUAAACAAAUGUACAACCAAUGUAAAGCUACACCAUUUUGUGUGUCCCGUGUGCCAUGAAUUGUUUACUGCCAAAUUAUCAUAUUUGGAACAUUUGAAAGUUGUCCACUAUAAGGCUGAUCAAAACAUCAGUGACCCUGGGAUUGAUUGCGUUGAUUUCGCUCCCAUCAUUCAGAAGACUAGUAAACCUAAAGCAGUUAGGAGACAAAUUGGGUGGUCAGUUGAAGAUAUUUAUCAAGAAAUUGAAUGCAAAAAGGUUGAAGAGAAACCAACACCCAAUACAAGCCCCUUUAAGAACUUCUUUUCUAAGUUGGGGAAUGAAUCAUUUUCCAGUCGCCAGAGUACACCUAAGAAAGUGAGUUUCCGAAAAUUUAUUGAAAAUGGAAAAGCUAAGACCGCUGUAUAUUUACCGUUUCGAAAGUACAUCCAAAACUAUAAGCAAAAAAAGAAAGCCACUAAUUAUAGCCCAAUAAACUCGAAAAUGGAAGUAACAAGCAGGGUUCAGGCAACUUUUCCUGAAAUUGUUUCAGACAGUGACUAUGGCUCUCCUAGUGGUACAUCAGAAGAUUCAUGGAAAAUGAAACAAAAUUUAAUAUGUGCAUGUGACAAGAAAAUAUUUAUGCUAUCUGAGUUUAUACAUGAUCGCGAUAGAAUAACUGCCAUGAUCAAUGAAUUGGGGGGUGUGGUUGCUGAGAACACCAAAAUGGAGAUGUUAGCCACACACUUCAUAUCUGUGUUGCCAAACGACACAUUCACUGGCAUGAUGGUGUGCUCCCUGGCAACUGGCAAGUGGCUACUGAACAUCAGCUUUGUGUACGACAGUUUCAGAUGCAAAAAGUUCUUGCAGGAAAAUAUGUAUGAAUGGUUGAAGAAUCCCAAAAUAGUUGAGAUCGAUAAUACCAGCGUGGAAGUCGCUAAAGCCGCCGUUUACUGGCACAUGGAACUUCAAAAAAAACAGUCCAAGUUCCCAUUUGAAGGCAAGCAGAUUGUUUUGAUUAUGAAGAAAAAAUACCGCCAAUAUUAUCAAAUGGUUUUUAAAACUUUGAAAGCGAAGCCAGUCACUUAUGAUCCUAGGACGCCUGGCAGUUGCUGUUCAGCUGAUUAUUGUUUCGUCGAUAUGAAGAUAAUAGAAAGAGUUAAAUUACGUUUUUUCUUCCACCACAAUGUUCCUGUAUUUCCUUAUCAAUACAUACUUGUAUAUCUUUUGAAAAGAGGCCGAGUAGAUGACGAACACAAAUAUUUAUUACAAGAUUGUAGUAAAAUAAAGGAUAAAGAUUAUUUUUUGAAUAAUACUUGUUAAAGAAAAUUUAUUAUACAAUUCAUAUUUUUAUUACUAUAAAUUUACAAAAAGAAAAAAUAUAGGUAGUUACAUAUGUCUUAAUAAUAUUAUGUUUUUGGGAAAAUAAAAGAGAAGGUUAUUAAUGAUAGUUGACUUGUAAGUCUUUUAUAAUGAUGUAGAAUAAAGAUUUAUUUUAUUAAUUAA